CUGACAGUUGGGGAAAAAAAAUAAAAAGUGGCACAGGUUAACCCUGAGCAUGCAGAAUGAGUACCGGGUUUAUGCCAGGCCCGAGCAGGCACAGCACCAGGAAAAGCCUAAGUGCCCAGGACUCCCCAGCAGCACAUGGCUGAGAUUCUGCGAGAGCUCAAACAAACUCGGCAGCAGAAAAUAUGGAUCCCCCAUCAGUGCGAAAGGCUCCAGCAGAGGAGAGGAUCCUCCAUUCCUCAGUUCACUAAUUCUCCUACCAUGACUAACAUCUUCAAGAAAUUCACCCACUACCUCAACUGGAUCAGGAUCCCAACAAAAGUAUUAAACGUGGGGCAGCGAGAGGUUGUGCAGACCUACAAGAACUUUGAGUUUUUCCUACUGGACAACCAGGAAGCAAUGAAGAUACGAAAAUGUGACAACUAUAUUAAAGGAAGUUUUAUCAACCCAUCAAUCAGUUGAUGAGAGAAGGGGAUAUGGAUAAAGGAUGCUUCUAGCAGCUUGGAAUAGUCCAAUUUUGAUUUGAAUUUGAAAAAAAUUUGAAUUUCGAAAUUUAUCAUGUGUCUUUUUAAAAAUUCGACUUCGAC